AGCUUGACAACAAAGCGGCUGUUUGAUGUCGUAACGGUCGGUGACGCUCUGUUUUUUAAUUAGACACCAACUGUUAACAGUUAGCGCACGACAAUUUAGCCCUAAAUGAAACCGACGACGUGAAGUCGGAGUUUGUCACUUCGGCGUGUUUUUUCUCCGUGUUUGAAGCGGAGCUGAUGUCAACAUGGCUGCGAAGUCUGACCAACUUCUCAUCGUUGUUUCCGUCCUGGAAGGUCGGCAUUUUCCGAAGAGCCCUCGCCUCAGUCUGGUGGUCCAGGCGAGCUUCGACGGCGAACAUCUGGAAACGGAUCCAGUGGAGCAUCGAGAGCAGCCGCAGUUCAGCACCGAGCUGGCCUGGGAACUGGACCGCAAGACGCUGCAUCAGCACAGGCUGCAGCGGACGCCCAUCAAGCUGCAGUGCUUCACUCUGGACUCUGUCAGCAAGAAGAAGGAGUGCGUGGGCUACAUCGUCUUGGACCUGCGGUCCGUCCAUGAUGCCAGGCAGGAUCCCCGCUGGUACACGCUGCUCAGCAGCAAAUACACCAAGCAGAAGGCGGCACUGCUCGUCGGCACGCUGCUGGAGAACGACUCCAAGGCAGCAGCAGCUUCUCCUGACAAGAUCCGGGCCAAGAAGGCGGCGCCUCGACAAGGUUCUGGCCCGGUGAGCGACGCGCUGCCCGCCAGGCUGGAGGCAGAGCUGAUCCCGGAUCAGGGCUACCAUCAGGUCGGUCCGGCGGAUCGCUGUGGCGACAUGUUCGUCCUCUCCGUUACCGUCGCCUUCGCUACCAAACUGGAACAGCUGAUUCCCAGCAAUAAGAAGCUUCCGGCGGACGACUCCAGUUUCUUCUUCUACUACUCCCUUCUGGGGAACGACAUCACCAGCGAGCCGUUCCACAACCUGCUGAGUCCAGACUUCGAGCCGGAGCGCGCCUCCGUUCGCAUCCGCAGCAACACGCAGGCGCUGCAGGCCUUCCUGACGCAGCAGUCCAGCCUACAGGUCCACCUCUGCUGUGGGAACCGCUCUCUGGGCAGCAGCGACGUUUCGCUCUCCGCCCUCGCUGCCGCCGCCGCCGACCUGGAGGCCAAAGGCGCCACGGUGGAGGGAGCGUUCGUCCUGCAGCCGCCGCCGCGCAGCAAGCUGCCGGCUCUUCCUGCGGAGCUGCAGCCGACGGUGGGCGUGGCCGUCACCCUGAGGAGGGAGGAGCCAACGCCUCAGGUUCCGGAUCCCAGCAGAGCUCCGCCUCUCCCUCCUGCUGUCGCUUCGACCCAGAAACCUGCUGCUUCCCCUCCUUCGUUCCGUACGGAGAGCGAGGCCGAGAGUCUGCUGGAGUGCGACAGGAAGCUGGCGGCAGGUGAUGAAGCUGAUGCUCCUCUUCCUCACCCGGAAGACGGCGCGUCCUCCGUCAGUGUCUCCGCUCCCAAAGUGUCCAUCCCCUCCUCCCAUCACUACUGCUUCUCUCUGGACCUGCGCAGCCUGGCCAAGCUCACCACGCCAUACCCCAUCGCCGCCAUGCUCAGGUAUUCGUACCAGUUCUUUGGCAGCUCGGCUCCCAUCAUGACCAGUCCGCCAGUGGAACUGCAGAGGAACAUGGAGGUGUCGCUGCCGCAGUCCUACUGCGCCUUCGACUUCGCCGCGCUGCCGCAGCAGCUGCAGGACACCUUCCACAGGGUUCCUCUGGUGGUGGAGCUGUGGGACCGCGGCUCGUCCAGCAGAGACCAGCUGCUGGGUUCGGCCUCCAUCCAGCUGCACCAGCUGCUGAGCUCAGAGAAGAUCCAGCUGAACUCGACGGGGGAACCGGGCUGGAGGCAGACCCACCAGGACCGGAUCCCCGUGGUCCACCCGCAGCGGCCCGCGGAGCGCGUAGCAGAGCUGAGCUUUGUGGCGACGCUGGAGGAUCUGGGCUUCAUCAAAGCUAAAGAGGUUCUGGUGUCGGAUUCGAUCCAGGACGAAUGUCCCGCCGUCCCCCAGUCUUCUCACCCAGCGGCGCCCAGACUGCCCCUGCUGCCGCCGGCCCCCCAGGGGCCCGGGGCCCCGCCAGCCCCCCAGGCUACCAGGGACACCCUGGAGUACCGCGCGGCCCUGGAGCUGGAGAUGUGGAAGGAGGAGCAGGAGGAUCUGUUCGACGAUCAGCUGAAGCAGAAGGAGCUGCGGCACAUGCAGGCGCUGGCGGACGAGUGGAGGAAGAGGGACAGAGAGAGGGAGGCGCUGGUCAAGAAGAAGGAGCAGGAGUUCAACCUGCUGGAGGAGAAGCUGCAGAAGACGCUGUGUGACCUGGAGAAGAGGGAGAAGCAGCUGGCGGAGGCGGAGCUGCAGACUCAGCGUCUGCAGCGGGAGCUGAGAGCCGAACACGACCUGACCCAGAAGGAGCUGCAGGAGGCCAGCAGGCGGCUGCAGAGGGAGAGCGACCACCUGGUGGCGCUAGAGAGGGAGAAGGUCCGGCUGAUGGAGGAGGAGCGCGGCCGGCUGCUGCAGCAGAUGACGGACGCAGAGGCCCGGUACCAGCAGCUGCAGAAGGAGUUCCAGCUCUACAGGGAGCAGCAGAACCAGCGGCCCGAGUUCAGGCUGCAGGCAGAAGUCAACCUGCUGGCGCUGGAGAAGGUGGAACUGGAGAGGAAGUUGGAGUCGACCACCAAGUCCAAGCUGCACUACAAGCAGCAGUGGGGCCGCGCGCUGAAGGAGCUGGCCCGGUUCAAACAGAGGGAGCAGGAGAACGCCAUGGCGCGGCUGAAGAAGCAGCAUGCGGAGCUGGAGGCCAUGAGGCUCCGUUACCUAGCAACAGAGGAGAAGGAGGCGGUGAGGCAGGACCGCCAGGAGCUGGACGACAUCAGGAACGAGCUCAACAGGCUGAAGAAGCAGGAAGAGGAGAAGUUAGGCCCCGCCCCCGCAGAGCCAGACUCCGCCCCCAGCCUGAACCUGAACGAGAGCGCAGAGGAACACCUGACCCGCCUGCUGGAGGAGAGAGACACGCUGCUGAGGACCGGCGUUUACACGCACGACGACCGCAUCAUCGCUGAGCUCAGCAGGCAGAUACAGGAAGCCAUGAAGGACAGGAAGCUCUGACGGCCAAUCAGAGGCAACCGGCCGCCACACUGGCCAAUCAGAGGAGGACGUUUAACCUGAGACCCAUGGAGAGGAACUGAUUCAGCUCCGCUGAGUUUACGUUACACAGAAAUAAAACUGAAGUUUGUCGUUUUACAGCGUCUGAUGCUGCUCUGCUCUUUCUGAUUGGCCGAUCACUGAUCAGCUGGGAUCAAUAUUCAGCUGAUCAGAACCAGAGCGCCAGUGUUGAAGGUUUGAUUCCUCGUCGACAAACAGCCGGUGAGGGUGAAUGUUUUGGGCAAAAAACUUUUUUAUUUUGCCAUUUUCUAAGUCUGACUGUGUUUGUUUAAUUUAAUAAUUUAAAAUAGUUUUAAUUAUUAAAUAUUAUUUUUUCUCAUAUGAAACUUGACCAUUUUUAUUAUCGUUUUUAUAAAAAACAUAAUUUUGAGAAAACGUCAAGGUAGAAAAUAAGUUGAUUAUUUUCUUUCGAACGUAAAGAAAGUGAAAUAUUUUCUGAUUUUUACAAAUCUUAUUUUUUAAAUUACAGCAAAAUGAAAACUUUAGAAUGAAGUCACAUUGUUAUGACUAUUAGUGCGUUAUUCUCCCUUUAUCGUCUUACUAUUAGUUUAUUCUUGUAAAGACUUUUUUCUUAUAAUUGUAAUAAAUUCAUAAGUUUAAGUCCUGAUGAGUAAAAUUGAUCGUCGCCUCGUUUCUCUGGCGCCAUCAGCUGCCGUGAAAAUACGUUUAAAAAUAUUUUAUAUUUAUGUGAAACGGCAGAGAAGAGAAACAUUCAGACUCAGAAAACGGAUUCCCAAAACAACCACAUGUUCAUUUUGGCUUCCUGGGCUUCCGUAGAAUCCGCUGACUGAGCGCAGCGGCGCAGAAACACGAAUUAAAGUUGAUUAAAUGUUUUCUGAUCUGAUCUGCAGCAGCUCAAAUGUAUUCAUACGGCUGAACCGAUUCAUGAUGCGUUCAGGAGCUGAAAAACGAUUGAAAUCAUCUCAGUUUCAGCAUUUAGUAAAAACUGAUGUCAUUCUGGUCUAAAUCAUCAUUUAGACGCUGAAACCUUCAGUUCUCUAGAAAAAGUCAAACUGGUUUCACUAACAGAUCAAAACGGGUCAGAAAAUCUGUUUUCACUAAAAUGUCCAGUUUUCGGUUCUGAACUCGACGUUCAGCUGCGUCUGUUACACAAACAUUAAAAUCUUUCUUUAUUUUGUAACUUUAUUUUGAGACGUUUCUGCAGGUGGAAUUUGAUCGUUGGGCCGAAUUAAAAUCUGACGUUUCUCAGAAAUCGAUGUGAUCAUGUGACGUUAAUGUGACUCAACAUUUGAAACGUUUUUACUGAAAUAAUCGAUGCCGGGACGUUUUCUGCCCCGGACAGCAGGGGGCGCUGCAGCCUCGUAUAAUUUAAUUUAUUGUUGUGUGUUUUUGUUUGGAAUAAAUUAUUUUUGCAUUAAA